AAGUAGUGCAAAUGUCUCAAAAGCUAUUUAAACUUCAAGUUCGGGUAAGGCUAAAUGAAAAGUAAAACAGUGUUUUAAUUAUUUGUUGUAUUUUAGAUUGUGGAUUUGGUUUUCAUUUUAACCAGAUCUUACAGAAGGACUUGUGUUGGAGAGUGCCCGUGCUGCCUUCCAAAGCUCUUCGUAAACUAUACAACUCUGGGAUCACUAGUCGACAAGCUUAACUCUUAAAAGAUCGACUGCAACAGUAAUGCCAUACUCUUAUUUUACUGUAGAAGUCAAUCUUACCUGUGUAGUAAAUGUAUGGGAAUAUAAAUUGUAUUUAGGUUUUAUGUGUGUUGUACCAGUACAAUUAUCUAAAACGCCCUUUUCCUACAGCAAGCAGAGGCAGCACCUGACUGUCCCGCACAGGCACAACACACACACACACACAGAGGGACUCUGCUGUUUGUGUGGCAGUAAUGGGUACGAGCUAACUGACGAGCGGUAACGCGCAGACAAUUGCUGGAGAAACGCUGCCAGAUUGUCAAAUAUAUCCCUAAGUAUCACUCUAUAUACUGGGCUCCACAUUUAACUAGUUCAUCUGUGGCGACUCUCGAGUCUUCCUGGUACUAAGUCGAUUCUUGUUGCUAGCGUUAGCUAACCGCUAACCUCACUAAAGCAAACGUCAACUGGGGACAAGUUUGUAGACAGCUAUGGGUGGUCUGGGAAACGGUCGUCGUGGAGGAAGGUCCCCCCCUCUAAUGAUUGGGGCUCUCAUUGCCUGUAUCCUGGUUCUGGGCUUCAACUACUGGGUGUCAAGCUCCCGCAACCUGGAGCUACAGACUAAGCUGUAUGAGUUGGAAGGCCAGGUGCGACGUGGAGCAGCAGAGCGAGGAGUAGCGGAGAUGAAGAAGAAUGAGUUCCAGGAAGAGAUCCAGAGACAGAAGGACCAGAUCAGCCACUUAGAAAGCCUCUAUAAGAGACAGCUGGAAGGAUCUCAGAACACCUGCAGCCAAGAGAAGGGCACACUGCAGCAGAACAUUUCCUCCAGUACCAGAACCAUACAGGAACUCAAAGGUCAGUUGAAUCAGCUCAACGAUGACCUGGGAAAGCUUCAGAAGGAGCUGCAGAGUUGCCAGGGCAACAUCAAAACCCUCAACAACAAACUCACGUAUGACAUGACCCAUUGUCAGUCCCAGGUCCUGUCCCAGAAGGAGUUGUGUGACGAGAGAGUGGCCGCUGCUAAACUUGAAGUUCAGAAGAAAAUUGAGAAGCUCAUCUCUCCCUCAGGCGAGCAGGAAAACGAGGUGGAUGGAGCAGCAACAGAGGGCGAACCGGUCAUGACUGAGGAUAAUGUGGUAACUGUUGUAAGCCACACACCAAGCCUCUCUCAGCCCAAAGGAAAUGAUCCACCUGAACUACUGACCAAUGAGAUCAUCGUGGACAAAGAUCCCGAUGCCCCAGUAGACCUGGCUCCACAGAAGGACCUCUCCAAAGCAGAGUCCCAGUCUGCUCCCUCAGCUGCUGCAGUCAAGCAGGACAUUUUGCUACCACCAGAGGAAGCUGUCGAAACAGAGGAGGGCGAGGCUGAGACCGGGGGACCUUUGAAGAAUAACCUGACCGAGGAUAAAGAGAUGGCGGUGAUGGAUGCUCAUGAGGAGGGCGCUCAGACCGAAGAGGCAGACCCUGGGAUGGACGGCAUGCUGAUUGGCCGGGAGAAGGCGGAUGAGACUCCUAUUGGUCGGAAACUUGAGGAGCCAGAAGAAUAUGAUGCAGACGAGCAAGUCGUGGGUGAAGUUGAUUUGGAGAAACAACAGCAUAGUAAACAUGCUGAAAAUAUAGACAAGGACAUGGAGGAGGAGCUGGCGGACUAUAACGGAGAUGAUGAGAAUGAAGGCGAGUUUGAAGCGGACAAACAAGCUGAGCUUGCUCAAAUCUAAGAGCUGGAGCUGGACAAGGAGCCCCUCAUUCACCUCAGCACAACAUAAGCAUACAGGUUAAUGCAGCCCGCCAAACACAGUGAACACAAAAUAACCCACAGAUGGUAAUCUCCAUAGAAAGUCUUGUGACGGUUCAUUUCAAAAGCAUUUACUUCCUGGAAUAUUUUUUUAAAAUUUAUAAUCUUAAUUGUUUUUCGUGCAUUUGAUUUGAUGAAAUGUUUUCUGAAUUAGAGAAAGAAUAUUUACCACUCUAUCUUUAACUCACAAUAUUCUGAAAGAGCCACAAAAAAAAUAAGACUGAAAUAUGCAAAUGUCAGCCCAGCGUGAACACUCAUGGCGUCCAUUCACAUGGAUUUCACUGAAAACAUAAACCCCCCGCGGUGCUUUUAUGGUGGUACACUGUGCUCACAUUCAUUUCAGCAUGUUUAGGUGAUAUGGAAGUACUCAGUACUUCUAAGUACCAUCACCUACUUGGUUCUAGUGUUCCCUAAACACAACUUAAGACAUCUCAAGACUCAAAAAUGAAAAUGACCACAAACCUUGGAAAUCAGUUGAUUUUGAUUACGUGGCUAGAAGUGUUUAUGUUCACUCUGUAAAGACUGUAUCUUAAAUGAUUAAAUAUAAGUGAGGAUAAUCUGCACACCCUCACAGGGUCAUGAGGUGUGAAGUACUGUAGUAAGUGCAAACCAUCGCAGUGACAGAACUCUGCAGUACAGGCUCAACAGCAUCUCAAACAACGCCUUAAGUUCCUCCUGUUGCUCGUAGAAAGGAUACUGACUUUGGCUCAGUGGUCAGUCUGACAGUGAACACAAAUGAGGCCUUCCAUAACUGCAACAAAUUAAGGAAUUGUGUCCCAGUCAAACGGGAAAAUGAAAACAGAAGCUUCUUUUGCUUCCCACGUAGCCAGAAGUGCUGUGAAAAGUAAGUAAACAUACCGUAUUAUAAUAUUAUAAUUAUAAUUAUAGAGUAGCGUUUUAACGGCAGCAUGGCUUUUCUUCUCAGCAUGUAUGAAUGUGAGCAACAUCUGGGAUCAGUAAAACAGAAGGUACAGUUUCAGAUUAUAAUGAAGGGAAUAGUUUGGAACUCCUUGAUGAUAUUAGUGCGUCAUGAAUCUCAUUUGUUAUGCCUUAUUGAUUCUGUGUACACCACCGCUGCGGUCGGCUGCUUCUGACACAUUGGAGGUGGAUUGUGGGGCCGUGGUGGUACAUGCGUACUGAUUUUGGACCUUUUACUUUGUGGAUACUGCCUCUGGUCUGCUGAUUUCAGUAUUGUGUUGUGCUUUAGGGCGAACAUUGUGUGGGUGAGUGCAAACACAGACUGAUAUUAGGCAUUAAAAAUGACAAAAUGAUGAAAUGUUGUGGCGGGAUCUUUUGUUGCCUUGUGUUUUAUACAGGACAGAUGAUUUUACUUUAUCUUUCCCCGUACUUUAUUUAUAAUUGGUGACUUUGACAGAAUACCCACAGUUACUUAACUUGUUGUGGUUUUAAUUGCCAUCAUUUCCAUAAUGCUUUGACUUAUCAUCGACAGUCUGUUCAUGAAUCAUGUAUGUUUUCCAACACCUUCAUCACCGCUGUGUCGAGCUAAGGCUGAAGCUAAAUCUCACAGAAUCUACUUAUUAUACGAGUAAACAUGAGUUUUACCAACAUGUGCUGAAUUCUAGCAAACUAUCUACAAUAAUAAAAUGCACGAGACUUAGUUUCCCCUUUCAUGUAAAAGUUCAGACAUUUUAUCUUAAUAAUGACAUAUUUGAGCUACAGAAUAUAUAUUAAAGAUUGUUGACAGCGUGAAGACUCUUCAGGUAACUUUCUUUGAGGAACACAAAUUGAAAGAAAUGUGUGAUUUAUGAUUACAAACUUUUUCCAGUCAGCAUUCUUAUUAUCAUUUCAAAGAUAAUUUCACACCUGUAGUAGUGUCAAUUUUGUUAACUUAUUUUUGUAUUUUUUAAUCAUGAUUAUUUUAUUGAAUCCGGGCCCGGCCAUCAUGUUUCUAAGUAACCGUACAAAUACAGGAUUGGAGUUCUGAUGAUACACAAAGGGGUUCAAACAAGUCGCAAAUCAGCACUUUUGUUUCAACUAAUGAAGCUCAAAGUCAUUCGUGUCAAAGUGUCUUUUGUCUCUUUGGUAAAUCUUUCAGGACAAAUGUGGUUUGAGAUUUUUAUUGUCAUUUUAUUUGCAAAGUUGCUGUUAUGGGUGGUGUUGUCUGUUGUCUGACACUGCAAAAUGUAAACUGCUUUUUGUCAGAAAGCUUUUCUGUGUAAGAAGUACCUUUUUCUGUGUCUAUGUACGUGUAGAGAAAAUGUUUUUUGAUAUUUCUAAAUUUGAUUCACUUUUUUUUUUCUUGAUUUAAUUUGUUUGAUUUGUUUUUUGUAAUUUUAUUUCAUUCUACAAUGUGGAACAAAUGUGUAAAAUGUUGAAAUGAUCAUUAGUUUUAUUGAUGAUAGAGAAUAAAACACGUUUUAUUACCACUAUCAAGA